UGUCUGUCCCUCCAUUCUAUCGGUCCGCUCCCCAGCCGGCCCGACCUGCACCUCCGCGCGGCCGCACGCCCUCACAGACCCCGCAGACUCCGUUCACAGGACGGGGAGCGAGCUAGCAGAGACACCGCCACGAAAGUCGGGAAAGCUCGAACGCCCGAUGGGAGAGACAGCGCAGCAGCAUCCCACUAACCUUUAAAUCUGCUUUCUGGCUUUCACAUCCACCUUUCCCCUAAAGGAAAACUCCCUUAACAGCUAUGCAAAGAUGCGAGAAUUAGCAUUUGGACUAGCAGCACCUUUCUGACUUCAAGCAGCGGGCUGGACGCUAAAGGGACCGUUACAUUCUAGCUGCCGACGAGGGAGCCGGACUACGGAGUGGAAGUACACGUAACCCGGAUCUCAGAGCGAAAAGCAACAUUUUGGCGUUUCCUGACAGGAAAAAGCCUUAAAGAUGCUGGCAGAGCUGAGCGAGUGGUUCUGGCAGGAGCGGCUGUGGUUUCCAAAGGGUCUGGGCUGGGCGGACUUGGUGGACCGGGAUGGACGUGUUUAUGCCAAAGCCAACGACUUAUGGGUGGCACUUCCCAUCGCCCUGGUAUUCCUCAUUGUCCGCCAGAUCUUUGAAAGGACAGUGGCGACACCUUUAGCGUCUCUUCUUGGGGUGAAGGAGACGGUGCGGCUCAAAGCUCCACACAACCCUACACUGGAAUGCUACUACUGUAACAUCAGCAAAACCCCAAGUCAGUCGUCCAUAGCAAGCCUGUGCAAGCAGACUGGCUCCUCGGAGCGGCAGAUCCAGCGAUGGUUCAGGCGACGGAGGAACCAGGAUAGACCGAGUUUACUGAAAAAGUUUCGGGAGGCCAGUUGGAGAUUUACGUUUUACCUUCUUGCUUUCAUUGCUGGCCUGGCAUCCCUUAUUGAUAAACCAUGGCUGUAUGAUGUGAAGCAGAUGUGGGAAGGCUUCCCAGUUAUGACUCUCCUCCCAUCCCAGUACUGGUACUACAUGAUCGAGCUGGGCUUCUACGGUUCUUUACUCUUCAGUGUGGCCUCUGAUGUCAAGCGCAAAGACUUUAAGGAGCAGAUUGUUCACCACGUAGCCACCAUCCUCCUCAUCAGCUUUUCCUGGUGUGUGAACUACAUCCGUGCUGGAACUCUCAUCAUGCUGGUGCACGACUCCUCCGAUUAUUUCCUCGAGUCUGCAAAGAUGUUCAACUAUGCUGGGUGGAGAAAUGCCUGCAACUACAUCUUCAUCAUCUUUGCUGCGGUGUUCAUCGUCACUCGCCUCAUAAUCUUUCCAUUCUGGAUUAUUUACUGUACAUGGGUAUACCCAGUGACUAUCUACAAGCCCUUCUUUGGCUACUACUUCUUCAAUGGACUGCUGAUGACUUUGCAGUGCCUCCACAUCUUCUGGGCAAUCCUCAUCAUUCGCAUAGCAAUCCGCUUCCUCACCAGCAAUGAAAAAGUCGAUGACGAAAGAAGUGACAAAGACGAAACGGAUGAAUCAGAAGAGGAGGAAGAGGAGGCGAAGGAUAAAAAGCACUCUAGGAAAAAUGGACCCAUGCAGAACGGUCACACAGUUCACAACAACAACCACCGCAAGACGGAGUGAGGAGCAAACAGGAAGGAAGGAAGGAAGGAAGGAAGGAAGGAAGGACUCAUAUCCCUCAAUGAGAGUUCUGCAAGGGACACAUGGAAAAUGAAGAGGGGAUGUAGGUGGAGUGAGAGGGGACAAGUAUUCCCAAAAAACUAAAAGCAGCAGGAGGUAUUUUUGGAAAAAUUGACACUGUUACGUGUUGACACAUAUGUAUAAAAAUACUCAGUAGUACCUUAGAGGGCACAGAGAUCCAGCAGAUGACACUACACUAACGGGCAUGACCUGUUGCAUUUUAGGCAGAUGGGUCAUUGCUGUUGUCUUAACUUAAAUCCCCCCCCCAAAAAAAAAUUUCACUGCUAAACGUGAGAGAAAAUGGAAAGGAGGAAAACGCUCAGGAAGAAAUGGGAGACGGAGUGAUGCUGCUUCUACUUCAGCUUUCCCGUUUCAGCUGUGUGCCUUAGAGAGCCAGCUGAUGGCUGCUACGAAAUCGUUUUAAGAAGCGCCUGGCUUUAAAACUCUAACGCUUUAUUCUUUUAUUGUCUGUUUGUUUGUACAGAGAGAACAAAAUGUGUAAAUGACACCGCAGGGCAUUUCCUUUCUCAUUUUUUUCUUUUCUUGUUUUUUUUUUCUUUUUUUUUUGCCUUCUAUGCAACCAUGAAAUCCAUUGGCCAUUGAAACAUUUUUGCACAACGCACGAUUUUGUGACUCCGCUCUCUCGUGCGACUUGAAGCCAUUUUGGAAGAAUCCUGGCUUUAGUUCAGCAAAGUUUCCUUUGUUUGGUUUAAUGGAAGUCCAGCAGAGCUCUUUUUUUUUCCAGCUUUUAGCAGAGACGCUCUCGCCUUGCUUUCACUGAGAGCAUCGGAAUGACGCUAGGAUUCACAGCAGCCAAGGAUUUAGAAGCCAUUGUGCUUUAGACUCAACUUUGACAAAGUUAGAAAGUGAUGACUCGGUUUAUUAUAAGUGGGUUUUUCUGUUGGCGUUUGCCAAGACGAAUAAAAUGGGCCAAACCUCCUUGAGUUCACUGCCAAAAAGCUUUUGCCGAAAAUGAAAGUGUGAUAAGAACCCUGAUUUUAUGUACGAGUGAGUUUACAGGAAGAAUCAUAAAUGAUGUUGUGAGAUGUGUUGUUUUUUUGUUUGUUUUUUAUAAAAAAAAAUCCCGAACGGAUAAAUGCUCUGGGGGGGGAUUCUCCUGCUUUCAUGCAUUUGUAUGUUAAGUGCCUUAUCUGUGAUGAGUCCAGAGCGCUCCUGUCUUUCUCUCCUUUCCUUUUCUCCCCUUCUUUUCCGCCUCACACCUUAGAGCUGGAACUUCAGGAGCCAAACAGGAUCCCUCCCCACUCGUCUCAUUUGAAGAAUGGCCAUUUUUUUCUGGCUCCCAUUCAUUCCACUACAACAUUCUGUUUUAUUAACUCUGACCAACAGCAGCCUUCCCAUCCCCACUGAUAAAGAAACAGCUCUGUCCUAAUGACAGUGUUAAAUUUUUAUAUUAUUGUUUUGUUUUGUUAAAUGAUGCCUAAGCGUUGUUAUUAAUGAUAAAGGCUCAUGACUCACCAGGAAAACACUUGAAACGUGUCGUUAUUUGCUGAGAUGCUAACUGUCUUUUAGAUUUUAACCAACCCUCAAAUACGCCACCAGUAUUAUUUUGAAUAUGUCAUUGAAAAUAAUAUUCUGGGCUUAAAAAUGAAAAAAAAAAAAAA